GUGCGGGCCCCGGGAUGGCGGUGUGCGCCCGGUUGUGCGGGGUGGGGCAGGGCCGGGGCUGCCGGCGGCGGCGGCAGCAGCAGCAGCAGCAGCGAAAGGGUCCGGACGGCGAGCAGGACACCGACCCUGAGGAGGAGAGGAUCGAGGGCGGCCCCAUGCCGCCGCCGCCGUCGUCGUCCCCUCAGCCUCCGCUCCCGCCGCCCCCCCGCCGCUCCCUGCUGGAGCUUCCCCCGGAGCUGCUGGUGGAGAUCUUCGCCUCCCUGCCGGGCACCGACCUGCCCAGCCUGGCGCGAGUCUGCACCAAGUUCCGCCGGAUCCUCCACACCGACACCAUCUGGAGGCGCCGCUGCCGGGAGGAGUAUGGUGUUUGUGAAAAUUUACGGAAACUGGAGAUCACGGGUGUCUCCUGUCGAGAUGUCUAUGCCAAGCGUAUAAACCCACGAGUGAAGUCGGGGCGUUUUAUGAAAAUUCUUCCCGAUUACGAGCACAUGGAAUACAGAGAUGUAUACACCUGCCUGCUUCACCGCUACAGGCACAUUUUGGGAUUGUGGCAGCCAGAUAUUGGACCCUAUGGGGGACUGUUAAAUGUUGUGGUAGAUGGUUUAUUCAUCAUUGGCUGGAUGUACCUGCCACCCCACGACCCCCACGUUGAUGACCCAAUGAGGUUCAAACCGCUCUUCAGGAUUCAUUUAAUGGAGAGAAAAUCUGCCACUGUUGAGUGCAUGUAUGGCCACAAAGGGCCUCACAAUGGGCAUAUUCAGAUAGUGAAGAAGGAUGAGUUUUCUACAAAGUGCAACCAGACUGAUCACCAUCGGAUGUCAGGAGGGAGGCAGGAGGAAUUCCGAACAUGGCUGAGGGAAGAAUGGGGACGCACUCUAGAGGAUAUUUUCCACGAGCAUAUGCAGGAGCUUAUCUUGAUGAAGUUCAUUUACACUAGCCAAUACGAUAACUGCCUGACAUAUCGGCGCAUCUUCCUCCCUCCUAGUAACCCUGAUGACCUCAUAAGGCCAGGUCUCUUCAAGGGAACUUAUGGGAGUCACGGCUUGGAGAUUGUCAUGCUCAGCUUCCAUGGCAAAUGUGCAAAGGGGACUAAAAUAACCGGAGAUCCUAAUAUCCCGGCGGGGCAGCAGACGGUGGAGAUUGAUCUCAUGCAUCGCAUCCAACUGCCCGACGUGGAGAACCUGCGGAAUUUCAACGAGCUGUCGCGAAUCAUCCUGGAGGUGCGGGAACAGGUGCGGCAGGAGCAGCAGCGGGACGGGCAGGGGGCAGAACAGGGCCGGCCUCGGCAGAAUUCCCGCGAGCCCCAGCCGGGGCCAUCCCAUCAGAGACCCGAACCUCCGGCCCGGGGUGCCGAGGGCAGCGGAGCCGAGAACAGGGCAGAAACCGAAGGAGGAGCCGCAGCUAAAGAACCAGGACAGUCUGAAGCUGGGCAACCCUUCGUGCUGCCCGUUGGAGUGAUCUCCAGAAACGAAGACUAUCCUCGAACCUGCAGGAUGUGUUUCUACGGCACAGGCCUCAUAGCCGGACAUGGCUUCACCAGUCCCGAGCGAACCCCAGGUAUCUUCAUCCUCUUCGAUGAAGAUCGUUUUGGAUUCAUCUGGCUGGAACUGAAAUCUUUCAGCCUUUACAGCAGGAUCAAGGCCACCUUCCAGAAUGCUGAGCCCCCGUCUCCUGAAGCCUUUGAUGAAAUGCUCAAGAACAUUCAGUCACUGACAACUUGAUGAGUAGACACCCACUGGCAAGAGAGGAUCACUGGAGACGUCAUCUGAUCGCCUUCACUUGUUAGGGAAUAACAUGAGGCUUUUCCUCCCUCCCCUCCCGGCCCAUAUAAUACCUAUGAAUGGAAGCAGCAUGCACUUUCGAAAUAAGGCCUUUUUACCAAAAUGCAUACUUUAUUGUCAAAGGAGUAAUAAAUUCAACCAUGCUUCCUUGAACUAUUUCACCUAGAGAAUGUAAUAGAUAUCUGUAAAUUGGCCAAUAACCCGUGGAGGAGGAAAUUGAGCAUGUCACCAUUGAAAAAAAAAAUCAGAUCAAAACCAAUUUGAAGUGAUGAUCUAAUCUCUUAUCUCUUGCCAUUUCCCAAGGAAAAUGUAGCAUUCUUCAGGAAAAUUUCUAGCUUGUUGUCUGAGUUCUUGCAAAAGCCAAUUUAAACCUUUCUGAAAAGAGUUGAUUGAAAAGCAAAGUGAGAGAACCCCAAAAUGGGUCGAUCGUGGACAACACACAAAGGUAAUGGCUUGGAUCGAGGAGAGGAAUCUAUAGCAGUAGUUGCCUAAGAGGAAUUAUUCAGCCCGGGUGUGCCAACCAAAGCAAAUAUAAUGUAUGCAAGUCCAUUCAGUCUGGGGCGAAACAUCAGAUUUUGGGCAGGAAACCUGGGCUUUAUUGCCAGCUCUUCACUGACUCAUCUGGAACUUGAACAAGACACUUCACCUCAUUGAGUUUCCCCCACUGUAUUUUUCAUUAGAUAAUGUCAUUAAAACCCUCUGACCCUGCCUGCAGACACAGAGUGGGAGUUGUGGUAGUUGCAGUUACUUAUCCAGUUAGCAUCCUUCUAGUCUGCUUGUUCUCCAGGUAACUCCUUCAUUUGUCUUCAGAAAAUCCCUGUAUCCAUUCACCUCCAUGUCUUCCCCUUCAGUACCUACCAAUGUAUUAAUUUUCUGUACACCCUUGCGAGAGUCUCUAAAUGAUAUGAAGGGUGUUUUGGGGUAGUCUUUGGGCUGGUGUAGACAACUAUGGUCUAUUUACAAUUUUAACCCUUUCAGAUUGACUUUAUUUUCUGGAGUUUUUAAACCAUUUAAACAGAAGCAGGAAAAAAGGCCUUUUUCUUUAAGUAGGUGUAAGUGUCCGUAUAUAUAUUUACAUAUAUAGUAAUGACCUCACGGUAGUUUCAAAAUCUACUACCCAUCCCCACACUUAGAGACAGGUACCCCACCCAGAACUAGAUUUCAUGUGUUCAAAAAGCAUGGGCACCUUUGGGGAUUACUAAUACAGAAUGAUGUGCUUCUUGGGCCCUUCUAACUCUCUUUGGAAGGACUGACUGUUGCCGGCCUGUGACAGCUUGCUGGCUGGCAUUUCCAGCCUGCUCAGGAUCAUCCUGACCCUCCAGAUUCAGCCCACCAUAUCCUGUUCUGCUGAACCGUUAAGUUUGAAUAAUUUAAUCCUGCACGUAGAUUGAAAAGUGAGUGCAAGUGGUUCUCCUCUGCUUCCAAAGAGAGGGCUGCCACCAGCUUGAGUCUCUACGUAGUUGCAUGGAGAGCUAGUAGUUGUCUGCACCUACCAGGAACAGGCAGAAACAUAAUUGGGGACUCCAUGUCAUUUUACAUCAGUGAGUUUAAUCCAAAAGGGUAUUUUCAUGCAAAUUCUUCCAUCCCUAUAAAAGCAGCAUUUAGGGUCUUCAUCCCUGAUCACAGAUCACGAAAUAGCAAAUAUAAAGGCUUUACCUAAGCCCUUACUCAGUGCCCAGAGCGUAGGGUGGAAACCAGAAGUUGUGAGCUUGAGCUAGCACAUACUCCCUCUGCCCUGCAGAAAUGAUUGAUUUUUUUUUUUGUCUUUUAUCUCAAAUGCUAUACAUUUGUACUUAUGCAGUCAAUGUUGCAUACCUAAGGAGACUCAGGUGUAUAUUGAAACUGUAGUUUCUUUCCACCCUAUUAAAGUCAAACUGAUGAGA